CUUCGAACUGUGCAAACAUGUUAAGCUAUCAACUAAAAUCGCUAGCAAUAUUCCUGGUGUUAUUUGCAUUUAUCAGCCGUCAACAGAUUGUGCAKGGAGCACCUGGCUGUGAUGGCGAUUGCUUAGAAGACAAAUUGGACGAAAUCUUGUCAAAAUUAAAAACUUUGAAUGGCAAAGUGGAAUCGCUUGCARCACAUCCAGAAAUUGAGCCGCCAGCAGCUUGUGCACAUCACCCACAUGCACAUCGCAARCAACAUGUAACGGAAAGUCAUGAGGACGUCGAGUCGCACCACCAGCGAGUCCACCACGCACGAAACUUACACUCAGUACUCGCAACUUCCUCGCUUGGCAGCAGCAGCAACCACAAAUGUGCAGAGCGUUUGGCACAGAUUUGCCAUAAUGUCGGUGUUAGUGAAAUUCAGUUGGACGAUGACAAAGUGUUACCAUUCAAAGUGCUUUGCGGUGCUGAACGUUGGAUUGUUGUUCUGCAGCGUUUAGAUGGCUCAGUCGCCUUUCACAAUCGCACUUGGGAUGCGUAUAAGCAGGGUUUCGGUAGUGUAGGUGAAAAAACCGAAUUUUUCUUGGGUUUACAACAUUUGCACGAGCUAACCUAUAGUGGUUUCUUCGAAAUACGCAUUGAUUUGGAAGAUUUUCAGGGUGUACAAAAGUUUGCACAUUAUAGUGACUUCAGUGUGUUCAAUGAGCAUGCCGACUACAAAAUGGGCAUAUUGGGGGUUUAUCACGGCACAGCCGGUGAUUCAUUUAUGUAUCAUGAAGGUCAGCAGUUUAGUGCGAUUGAUCGCGAUAACGACGCCAAAGCGCAAGGUAGCUGUAGUGAGGAGUACAACAGCGCGGGCUGGUUUAAGAAUUGCAUGAAAGCCAAUAUUUUUGGUAAAUAUUUGAACGGCGAAACGGAUAAGUUCAAGGAAGGCAUGUACUGGGAAACUUUUCAUGGUCCAGAAUACUCACUAAAAACAAUUAAAAUGUCUGUUCGUGCUAAAUGUUAAUUCAUGUGGGUUUAUAUUUUGAAAAAUAUACAUACAUAUGUAUAUCGCAAACCAAAUAAAGCAUUUCAAUGCCGACACA